AUGGUAGUAGAAGGAGGCAGUUCCAGCCAGCCAGCUGAGGCCAAGGCAAAUACCCAGAGCACGAGUCACCAAUUAGGCAUGUUCCGCAUACCCUGUGGCCAGAUGAGGGGUCAGGGCCUCAGAAACCAGAGAAUCCACACCCACCUGAUGGAAAUGAUGCUGUCCUUGAAGCACACCAUAGAGCAGAACCUUAUGGACCUAACAACCAGGCAUCUGCAGCAGGACCUGGUGCUGGAAGAGCAGAGGCACAGUCAGGUGGUCAGCAAGAAGGAAGCCCUCCUGGGCCAAUUAAUGUACCAGUUGGUCAACCUCCUACAGUCUGGAGCCGUGGGUGGCCUGGAGCUCCAACCCUCUUGCCCUUCCCUGGAUGUUAGUGGUGAUGUCAGAGGUGGGCAGGGGGCCCAGUCAUCCAGGCAGCCUGAUUGGCUAGUUCACCGACUGAGCAAUCCUGAAGCUACAUUUGUCAGCCAGUACCUGUCCAGCCGUGGGAUCGACAUCUCGGUCUUAUACCACUCCAGCUUCCAGGACUACAAGACCUACCAAAGAGACAAAUACCACGAGGACCAGAACAUCUUGGUGAGGAUGGGGGUGUGAGGGAGACACUUACUCAAGGGCCCCAAUCACUAGGAUUGACCGAGUCCUGUGCCAAGUACUGGGCUCUCUUACUCUUCUUAGCUCCGUAAAGUAGACGCUAUUGUCGCCUUAUAGAUAAGGGAAUGGGCACAGAAACAAGGUGAUGUGCCUAAGAAAAGUAAGAGCUAUG